AUGUCCGCAAACUCGCAGCCAAUUCAUGAGCCGACGCCGGAAGAAGUGACUGCGCUAAGGGAGGAGAUGGGUAAGAUUCUGUCGGAUCCGGUGAAGGCGGCGCUGGUGCAGGAGUACCUGGUACUGCGCAUGGAAAAUCGAGAUCUGGAAAAGAAGCAACAGUUUAUGGAGAAGGUGAAGGAGAUCACGGGCAAGGAGAAGGAGAAGGUGAUGCAGGAAACAAGCGCCGACGACUCCGAGUAA